GCGGAGAAUAUAUUAUGGCUUAUAAUUCUUUCUUAUUUUACAUUGGGAUUAUAUCGAAAAAGUAAUGUUGUACGGGUUUCCUGUGUUAAACUGCACCUCGACAAGAAGGCAUGGGUCCUAGUACAUCUCUAAGCCAGUAUGGCGGAACGGUCGAACGCCGGAAUACAACUCACGUUCGCACUGAUAGCACUUGUAGCCGCCGUAUUUUACAGCGGAAAAGGACAGUUCCUGCUAAACAAACUUAACCAGAUCGCCCACGGUAAACAUGGCUGCGCUCCGAUUACUGAUAUUGGUCAAGUAACACUUCAUUAUUUUGGCUCGAGAGGAAAGGCUGAGGGAAUUCGCCUCAUGAUGGAAGACAAUGGAGUUCUCUAUGCCGAGACAAACUACACGAAAGAAGACUGGCCCACAGUGAAGCAGAAGGGAAUUCAAACUGGGCUUUUCACAUUUGGUCAAGUACCUGCUAUUACCACUACUACUGGCCUACAGCUUGUUCAGAGUAGAGCCAUAAUGCACCACUUGGGCCGCUCUCUUGGACUGGACUGUGACUGUCAAGACCUGCACACAUGCGAGAUGCUUGUCCAGGGUGCAGAUGAUCUCAAAAGCAAGAUGGGGUCAGUGAUGUAUAGUGACAGUUUCUCUUCUGCCACCCGGGAUGCCCACACAAAGAAUACCGUGCAUGUAUGGCUGCCAUUCUUUGAGCGCUUGGCACCUACUCCUGAUAAAGAAGAACCCGAAGAAGACACACGAGAAAAGUCAGGAGACACAGAUAAGUCUGACAAGUCAAAAGAGACCAAGCCUUUGUACUGGGUUGGGGAUAGGAUCACUUGGGUUGACUAUGUUAUCUUUGAGCUUUUGGAUGCACAUGUAGAGUUUGGAAGACUGGAUUUCCAAGGAGAAGGCACAAAAGUGGACAUUCUUCACAAGUACCCUAAUCUAGAAGCAUUCUAUAAGGGUUUUGCCAGUCGACCCAAACUGGCUGCUUACCUCAAGGCACAGCACAGGGUACCAUUUUGGAAAUACAAGAAAUAGGUUAGCUCGUGGGAAAAAUACUACUUAUAAUAUGCACAGAUAUGCAACAGUUCUCUAAAGAAAUUACUGUCACGUCCAUGUAAAAUUGCAUGUGAUAUCUAUGAUAUCCAGACUGCUUUCUAAUUAUUCAUUUUUUCCUUGUACAGUUUUAUAUCCAUGCAUGUGUGCAUAUAAUACCAUUUACUUAAUUUCAUCCUGGGACGGUAUAAAUAUUAUCUUUCUAUAUCUCGUUUCAAGUGGUUGUGUCACUCUAUAUGCGCCAACCUGUGGUAUUGUUCAGCCUGGGCAACCUCAAGGGAGAAAUCCCCAAAGAUCAGAGUUGUAUUCUCAAUACAUGCAAAACUCAAAUUUUGCUGUAAUUGUAAAAUUUGGGAGAAGAGAAGUUACUUAGUAUUGUAUCAUUCCUUACUCUCCCACGCAGCCGUUCUUUGUGUUGGUCACACAACGCUCUCACCCCCACUAAGUGGCAUUAGUGGGGAUGGGAGCAUUGCGUGACCGAAACAAAGAACGGCUGCUCCCCAUGGAUUCCAAGGAUUCAAACAAAAAGGCAUAGUAAACAUUAUUUUCAAGGAAACGCGAGCUCCUAUUAGACCCCGUGCUGCUUCAUGGUCCAUCUUCUAGGACAGGAAAGCCAGUAAGAAUGCCUGGGACUUGGCUGAUUCCAGACAAAAAAACCUGAGUUAGUUUUUCAGUUUACGGUGUAGCUUUUAUUGAAAGGGUUAAGAAAGGUAGCUCAAAAUUAUUUUCUAUUUUAUAAAUUUGAUUGAUAAAUACAUUAUAUUAGUAGCAGUAUAGUAUUUGAUUACAUACAUAAUUAGAUUAUGAACUGGGUAGUAUAGAAGCUAAUCUAUAAUAUGUGCACUUUUAUGUUAAAUCACAUGAAUUACUGUAUUUCAAAGUUGUAAUGAGUCACCUACAAUAAAUACUUUGACAUACUUUGAA